GAGGGGGCUUUGGGGCUCGCUGUAGAGAUGAAUCUCGCCAUCCGUGGUGCAGGAAUUCUGCCUCUCUUGCGUGUGUUCAUGCAGUGUGCCAGGUAUCUUGCCUAGUGCUUCAGGCAUCUCCUCAUCUGACUUCGCUGUGCACCUGGAAUUCCCUUAAUCUGCCUUCCUGGGUCUCUUCCCCACAGAUGAUUAUAGAGCCCACCAGUCCAAAGCUGCUUCCGGACCCCCUGAAAGAACCGUACUACCAGCCUCCCUACACCCUGGUCAUUGAGCUCACAGAUGUUUUGCUCCAUCCCGAGUGGUCGCUAGUAACCGGCUGGCGCUUUAAGAAGAGACCAGGCAUCGACAGUCUGUUCCAGCAGCUGGCACCGCACUACGAGAUCGUUAUCUUUACCUCGGAGACGGGCAUGACGGCAUUCCCCCUGAUUGACAGUGUGGACCCUCAUGGAUUCGUCUCCUAUCGGCUUUUCCGAGAUGCCACCCGUUACCUGGACGGACACCACGUUAAGGACAUUUCCUGCCUGAACAGAGACCCGGCCAAGGUGGUGGUGGUGGACUGCAAGAAGGAGGCCUUCCACCUGCAGCCCUUCAACGGCCUGGCGCUCAAGAAGUGGGACGGUAGCUCCGACGACAGGCCGCUCUUCGACCUCGCCGCCUUCCUGAAGACUAUUGCCAUGAGUGGGGUGGAGGACGUGCGGACGGUGCUGGAGAACUACUCGCUGGAGGCUGACCCACUGGAAGCCUUUAAACGCAGGCAGACGCAGCUGGAGCAAGAGGAACAGCAGCGCCUCGCCGACCUGUCCAAGAACAAGAAGCAGCAGCAGCUUUUCCUGGGCUCCCUGGCAAGCCGGCUCUGGCCUCGGUCCAAGCAGCAGUGACUGUCCUGUGUCGCCCCACGCGCUGGCGUGGGGGCAG